AUGAAGCGCGUCGUGAUCAUUGGAUUACAGAGUUUGGUUCACGCUCAGACCACCAGUCACCCGGACAUUGCUUUGGUCAAAUACUGCGCGUGCGACCGCCUUUCGAACACAACUCUCGACAUGACCUCAACCGACUCUGAUGUCUGGUCACACAAUUCCUCUGCCAUCAUGCAGUCCUACCAACGUACACGUCCAGGGUUGAAUGGCAUCUCAACAUCAAAAAUACUCCGCAAAGACCCACUAGACAAACCGCCUCCGUUCAAAUCGUUAUCCCCAAUUUGGCCCAGGUACAGGAAGCUGGCCGGCGCCUUCAUGCCUCCUUCCUCAUCCAACAAGCCAAGAUCAAGCCCAGCAUCCGGGGUGCACAUGUACAUGCCCGCCUAG